AGCUACCAAGCUAAUGCCUGGCAUAGACAACUGUAGCUAAAGCCUUUGCUCUUCCCUCCCCCUCUUAGCAUAAUGUUCAUCUUUGCGCUUGUCUGCCUGCUGGCAGUGGGCAGCCAGGCGAAGCCACUGCAGCAAGUCGUGGAGCCGGCCCAGCAUAUUGUCAUUGUGACGCCUCAGGCGCAGGUGCACCUGGAGCCAGCGGUGCGCUACGUGCACGGCUUGUCCCCAGUGGCGCGCGUCUCGGGGCCUCAUCAUGAGGAGACCAUUGUCUAUGUGCCAGCUGGAGCUGCAGCCUCUGUGGUGCCCAAUCUAGGCGAUGCCGUGUCCACUGGCCGUGCCAGCAGCCGCAGUCCAGCACAGGAGACCAGGCAGACUGAGGGCUUCCCGAGUGUCAAUCAAAUCCAGCAGCAGGUGCAGCAGGGCGUUGAGAUCGUAGGCGGACAGUUGGGCGAGGCUGCUGAAUCAGCAGCUGCUGCCGGCGCUGGCUUUUUCCCCGGCUUCUUCCCCAGCCCGGGCAACAAAAACGAAGAGUUGCAGAAGCUGAAGAGCGAGAAGAUCGAACUGAUUGAAACUCCGGCCAAUACCCAACCGCUGCUGGCUGCCACCGAGGCGCGUCACUUCUACAGUCUGCCUCAGGUGUAUCACACGCCCGUGGUCGAUGUGGUGCAUACCCCAGUCUACUCGUGGCCCAUCUCAGCUAUACGCGCACGCAGCAUUCAAACCGAUGAGGCACCAAUUCAGGCCACUGAGGAGAAGGCAUGGCCAGACCAACCAGAGCCUCAGCCACUGCUCAAAGAGCAGAAGCAGCCAGAGCAAUCGGAACAGCCAUUGGAUCAGCUGGCACAGACCAUCAUUCCUGCAGCCGUCGAGGCCAGUGAAUUGAAGGCAGAGAUUGCGCCACGUCAGUUGGAAGAGAGCAAUGCUAUCAAGGUGGAGCAACAAAGUGAAGAAAAUAUUAAGCCAACUCUUAAGGACGCGCUUCAGGAAACCAAAGCCGACUUCGCCGAGCCAGCCGUCAAGGAAGCCCCCAAGGAGGCCGAGAAGGAAGUCAUACCGGAAGCCAACCCAGAGAUCAAGAAGGAAGCCCAACCUGAAGCCAGAAAGGAAGUCGUCCAGGAAGCCAGGAAAGAGGCCAGCCAGGAACCCAGUUUGGAGGCUCGCAAGGAGUCCAGUAACGAGGAGAUCAAAGCACCCAUUCUGAAGUCCGAUGAGGGUAGCUUAAAGGAGCUAAUUAAGGAGACCAACCAGGAGCUCAUCAAAGAGGCCAUCAAGGAGCCCCUCAAGGAGACCAUGAAGGAGCUCAUCAAGGAGGAAAUCAAGGAAGAAAUUCCUUUGCUCAAGGCCUCAGCUUUUCCCGAUGCAGCUGCCAUACCCGCUGAUUCAAAGCUCAAGGCCGCAGCUUUUCCCGAUGCAGCUGCUCUGCGCCAGGCCGUGGGUUAA